GUUUGAUCGUUGCAAGCGCGCGCAAUUCCAAGAAACGAGAAACCACGUCGCGUUUUCAGCAUCCACUCGAAUCAUCGUCAACGUCAGCAUCGUGCCUCGCUUCCUUCCGUCGGAAAUCGCGUGCGCGCAAUUUACUGUUACAGCUAUAGCUCUGGCUAGCAUAUAGUUAUAUUUACUAUAGCUUUAGACCAGCAUGUGAAUUGUGGAUUAUAAUUUGCAUUUUUUCCUAAUUAUUGUAUGUGUCCGUACUCUCUUUGUGUGUGUGUGAGUGAGUGCUGGUGUAUGCUUAUGGACCACAUGCAUCGACCCACUUAAGCCUUUGACUUGUGGUCCACGCUAUUCGUACUGCCAAAAGUUGCAAAACAUAGUUUCUAAGUUAACUGUUAAGCAAAACAUUAAAAAAAUGGAUAUGUCCAGCGCCAACUCCUUACGACCUCUUUUUGCCGGUUAUCCUUUUCAAGGCCAAGGACGCGUUAAUCAACUCGGAGGCGUCUUCAUAAAUGGUCGACCGCUGCCCAAUCACAUACGCCUGAAAAUCGUGGAAAUGGCGGCCAGCGGCGUCCGGCCAUGUGUGAUAUCGCGACAAUUGAGAGUAUCGCAUGGCUGUGUGUCGAAAAUACUGAAUCGCUACCAGGAGACAGGCUCAAUAAGACCGGGAGUGAUUGGCGGAUCGAAGCCCAAGGUAACAUCGCCAGAGAUCGAAGGACGCAUCGAUGAAAUGCGUAAGGAAAAUCCCGGCAUAUUCAGUUGGGAGAUACGCGAGAAAUUGAUCAAGGAGGGUUUUGCGGAUCCACCGUCGACAUCGUCGAUCAGUCGACUGCUACGAGGAAGUGAUCGAAGCAGUGAGGAUGGGCGCAAGGAUUAUACCAUACACGGGAUACUCGGCGGCCGCGACUCGGACAUCAGUGACACCGAAUCGGAGCCGGGCAUUCCUUUGAAGCGCAAACAGCGACGCUCUCGCACCACAUUCACCGCCGAGCAGCUGGAGGCGCUGGAGCGUGCCUUUGCCCGCACCCAGUAUCCGGAUGUCUACACCCGGGAGGAGCUUGCCCAAACCACCAGCUUGACAGAGGCUCGCAUCCAAGUCUGGUUCUCCAAUCGUCGUGCGCGUCUACGCAAACAUUCAGGCGGCUCCGGCUCUGGCCUCUCGCCCAUGAACAGCAGCGGCUCCAAUGUUGGCGUCGGCGUCACUGCCAGCAGCGCAGCUGCUCCACUUGGCUUUGGGCCACUUGGUGUUGGCUCCAUGGCCGGCUACAGUCCUGCCGCAGGCACUACUGCGAGUGGUGCAACGGGCAUGAGUGACAGUUCGCAUCAUCAUCACACCACAGCGCAUGCACCAACCUCUCACAGCGCAGCAGCCGCUGCCGCAGCGGCUCAUCAUCACACGCAGAUGGGUGGCUACGAUCUGGUUCAGAGCGCGGCGCAACACGGCUUCCCAGGCGGCUUUGCGCAGCAUGGCCACUUUGGCGGCCAGAAUUACUAUCACCAAGACUACUCCAAGCUAACUAUUGAUGACUUCUCGAAGCUGACCGCGGACAGCGUUUCAAAGAUCUCGCCCUCGUUGCAUUUAAGCGAUAACUACUCGAAGCUGGAGUCGCCCUCCAACUGGUCCCAGGCCGCCUACCAUCUUAACCAGUCGGCGGUGGCGGCGGCCAACUACAAUGCGGCAGCAGCUCACCAUGCAGUCGCCCAGCAUCAGUUGACUGAUUAUGCGGCAGCAGCGGCACAUGGCAAUGUGGCCGCUGCCUACAAUCAUCCGCUGCCCGCUCAAGGUCAGGGGGCCAAGUACUGGUCAUGAGUUAAUUCAUGGCCAAUAAAAGGAACAACAACCACAACAACAUCAACAUCAGAAGCCAGUUAGCUGAUGAUUAUUAUUUUUUUAUGCAUUUCAAUUAACAGCAGAGAGGCAUAUGUAAAUCGUAGGCAUCUAUUUAUUCGCCCAAUAUGAAAAUCAAUCCGCUUAGCUAAAUAUAAAAUAUUAUAAUUUUACUAUUACACGGCUUUCAGAGGCGCAUUCAGUUAGCCUUUGCCAGGCAACGUGUUUACUCACCACUUAAGUAUAUUUAUUUGAACUUUAGAUACAACGCGAUAUUAUUCAUAAA